GUCGUUUGUGUGAGGGUGUGUGUCGUCUCACCACACUGGUCGCCUAACUGUGAUACAUAUUUUUUAUUUAUAAGUGUGUACAGCGACCACCUUAUAAAUUUCACACCAUUUUCUUUCCUUCUGUUAAAUUCUUUACAAACCUUUUAUCGCGCUCGAUCGUCAAACUAACUCUACGGAGUCAUUUUAUGGGAAGGCAGAGGAAGAACCUUUGUUCACGAAGCUAACCGACGAGCUUCAAUUUUUACAUCUCUCUUCAUUUCUACGUAGUGAACAUGUCUCUCUCUCGUAGCGGAAACGUAUUUUCCGUUAUCUCCAUCACCUCUACUUUCUCUUCUUGUUUCUAAAUAAGACUCGCUGAAAACGCAACGAUGCAAUAAUAAUCCACACAAACAAAGGGUGUGGGUGAGUGAGUGGGGAAGUUGAGGCUGCUGUUGACGCUACUGGCAACACUGCUGGCUACCAACGCAACUCUCGGCUCACGGAUAUCUUCAGUGUUGCCAUUUUCUCAAAUUCUUCUGUUUUAGUCAUUUCUCCCCUCUCCAUUCUGUUGCUUUCUCUGAACUAAUUUUUUUCUGGGUACUCUCAAGUCACAAUCUUGAGAGUGAAAUCUUAGUUGCUUAGUUCAUCAUCAGUUUGUCAGCAAUAGUGACAGCAGUGUCAGCAACAGCAUCAGAAUAUUGACAUCAUCACAGUACAGUCAUGGUGGUGAGCAGCCAAGCAGAGGCAGCAUCGCUGUGUGGUGAUGGACAAGAUAUACAAGAAGCAGUCAUGAGCAACCUAGAUGAACACUCUGAGGUGCCUGUGUCUGGAGCUGCUGGGGUGGAUGAAGAGAUGAACAUGGAUGUUGAUCUACAUCUCAAACAUCAGAUCUUCUGCUCAACCUCUAUGAUCGCCAGCUCCAAGUAUCCUCAAGAUGGUCUGCCUGAGUGCGAGCCAUUCCAUCGCCAUUUACUGCACUCGGUGUGCAUGGAGGAGAUGUACAAUAUAUCCAAGCAGCCCAUGCCAUGUCUGCCCCUCAGCCCUGAGGUGGACCUGCAUGAAGCCAUCACAGAAGCUGUUGCACUCGAGCCCAAAUACCAGCCUGCACUCACCCUUGUGAUGCCUGCUCGGAGCGACAACGAGAUCAGCGGUUACAUGCGCAACUCGUCAUGCCACGUGCUGAGGUUCCUCAAGAUGUGGUACGAGCUGCCGUCCGACGCCCUCUUCCUCGCCAUCAAUAUCAUCGAUCGAUUCCUCACCAGGAUGAAGGCUCUACCGAAGCACCUGUCGUGCAUCGCGGUGUCAGCGUUCCACGUAGCAUGCGAGGAGCUGAGCGCCGCGUCAGGGAUCGCCGCGCCCAGCCGCGAGAGCGUCAGCCACAUCAGCCAGAGCAAGUGCAAGUCUGGCGACGUGCAGCGCAUGGAAGACAUCAUCAGGACCAAGCUCGAGCUGGGCAUGCAUAUUCCUGAGUUCAACUUGACACGCCCCAGAAGAACCUGGAGGAUUAUGGGCGCCAACAGCAACCCUGUCACUUCGCUCACCUUCCUCAAGCUUCUGUACGCGGGUCUGGAGCAGCUGCGCGACCGUCACUUCCCUGAUCUGUCACUACCGCCGCUGGCGAGUCUCGUCAACAAGCUGGAGGUGGUGGCGUGCGACACUCGCACCACAAACUUCAGGCCCUCGGAGCUGGCGGUCGCCCUCCUACGCCGCGAUCUCAUCUCCCUCGCCAAGACGGACGCUGCUGCUGUCGCUGCCCGCACCGCUUGUCUUCAGCCACUCAUCACGCUCUGCAAGGUGAACAGCGAUGUGUUGUGCAAGAUUGAAGAUCUCAUCACCAUGUUGCUGUGCAAUUACGAAGACAACAAGUCUGGGAAGACGAGCAUGGCGGUGUUCCAGAGGCAGCGACUUGUGUGGCGCCUUUCCAACAGAACCAUGAGGCACCUGAAGAUCAUUUACAAGUACAAGAAGCAGCGCAAAUUGACCAGUAUUGAAGAAGACGAUAAAGCAGCGGAAGAGCUGGAACUUUGGACACCUACCGUCCUAGCCGACAACAGCGGCAAAAAUUCCUCCAUUUGUCUAGACUUGGAUGAACAAAACCUUGCUAGCAGCGGUCCAUCUGACAUUUCCGAGCCCGCGGACGAUACCCGCAACUCAUGUGGUGCGCCCGAAAUGAGCGACGACGAAAUGGCUACGGAAGAGACUUCUCCUAUGGAGAGCGACGCUGAAAUCGUCAAUACUCCCACUACAUCUGGUGAUGUGUGCGUUGUCAGCGAGGAAGAAAGUAUGGACAUGAGUGAUGCGGAGGUCGAUGAAAGCGAUGUGGAAGAAGAAUCGUCUGAGGAACAAGAGAAAAUGGACGAAGAUAUACACCAGCACGUCAAAGGAUCAAAGAACAAACCAUCGACGGAAACUGUUGCUCACUCUCGCGCUGCCGCUGCAGCAGCCGGUUACCACAGUGACAAAGAGGAGAGUUACUGCCAAGUUGCGAAGAAAAUUAAAGAAGACAAACCUCAUCUGCAGUCUCCCAGAUUGGAAACCUCACGUGCCAUCGUCGGGGACGAGAUACUGCGGUCCCGCAUGCGUAGCUUCGUCAGAACUUCCCCACCAUCGAAGAUCACACUCACCCCCGUCCUUCCCCAGCCUUCGUCUGCUGUUCGAAACUUGACGCCGUUACUGCAGGGUAAUUCAUACCGGUACGCGCGUCCUCGGGCGCUAAGCGUGCUGGGCAUUGAGAGCAUCGAUGGUGAGGUCAACGAGCAGCAGCUUCUGCCGCUAGUGGGCGUCAACACGAAUAUCUCAUUCUCCUCGUCACGCAAGAACAUCAAGAGGAAGAAAUUCUUGCGCCAUCUCGCUCGUGCCAGGAAUGAGGGUUCUGACACCGAUAUGUCUUUGGAGCAAACGUCCUCUGAAGAAGAGAUGGACUCGGACUACGAGAAGGAGUUCCCUCCUCUGCCCGUGCCGCGUCCGGCGCUCGCUAGGAUGUCCAGCAUCGGAAAGAAGCCCGUCGCCCUCAAAAAGAAGAAAAAGAAGAGCGACGCCAUGCCCUAUGUCGCUAAGAACAAAGCCAUGUCCGUUCACCGUAUCGCCGUCAACUGAAGCAGCGGGCCGUAAAUGUGCACCUAACCAUCUUAGAAAUUGCUUUGCACGAUAAUUGCACGACUCGAAUUCUGAAGUCAAUAUUUUUUCCACGUACAAUUCACUUGCAAGUCAUGCAUUCGCGGCGCCUUUCUUCGAUUCUUUCAUCUUGAAUAUAUUUGCAUGGUGGUCCCGCUCGACGCAUCCCUGGAUUUAAAGACACCUUUUCUCUUGAAAUUUCUAACCUAAUCAAAGAAGAUGCCAGCUAUCGCUGAAAUGUUUUCACGGUCACUGAUAUUGACUGAGCCUCAUUACCCUGCUGCUGUUAUUCAUUUGAGUUGUGUCACAGUAUUAAUGUUGUAAUCACGACUCCUCAUAUUUAUUGUUUUUCAUUCAGAUUUGUCAAUUCAGCCUGUUUCCCUCAGACGUUGUAUGUGCCGUGUCUCGCCGUAGACGUUCAAUUUAGACGUUCAAUUGUGACCGACACAUUUGCCUGUUAAUCCGCCCACCAUGUGAAAAAUUUUAGUCUAAAUUCUACAGGGUGUUCGGCAGAUUGACCAGCAAUGCUACGGUCGGUUCUUAAUUAGAUGGUUCACUGUACGGUUUGAUCAUUGACACUAACAACUUUUGAACGGAUCAAAGAUUUCUAUCCAGUUUCCUUAAGUGAUAGACGUAGAUACCAGUUCCUUCGCUUCAAUUUGAGUUAUAAAUACAAUAAUUUCACAAUGUAAUAAAAGCGAGCCGAGCCGUAACAAGCAUACAAAGUUUGCCUAUCGGGUAGCUGUUAACCACCAUCUACACUUCGUGAGAGUCGAUUGCUUCGACACCGCACAGUAACUCUGUUCUUAGCAGUACUAGAGUCGGCGUUUGAUCUCAGCGACGUCUUGCUGGUAUCACCGAUUCUCAUGCUUGUCUGAUGGUUGCAUACAACAAUUUUUAUUAAUAUACUUUUCUGGAAAAUUUGUUCUUAUAAGUGAACAGAAUAAAAAUAUUUAGUUUUCUGGUAGCUUAAGAAUCAUUGCUAAUUUUCUUUGGCCAUAAAAGAAAGGACUUUAGUGCAACGGUAUGAAGUCAAAAAAAUAUAUUGCCUUUAAGUUGUUGUGUAAAUAUAAUUUUUUCGUUUUUAUUAUCAGCUAUUGAUAACGUAUGUAAUAUUUGUUUGGCCAGCAGCAGGAAGUAGUCCUUACCUCGAUUGAUUUACUGAAGCUUUGACGUUCAUGUUACGUUGUGUAUACCUCGAUGCUCUCAUGUGCAUUAACGGUCGGUUGCGAGCUUAUAAUACUUACUCGGAUACAUUGUCAAUGAUUUUCUCCUUUUUUGGUGUAAGAUUUAUGCAAUGGAAAUGUUGGUUUCGAUGCAUCUUGCCUCUAGGUAAUUAUUUAUUUAAACAUGAACGUAAUUGUUGUUUCGGGGGACCGUUUGCGGUUCGGUUGGCGAUAGCCGAAAAUUGUCGAAUAACUUUCACAUAUUUAGCACUUUAGUGGCAGAGUGCAAUGUGAACUGUCGUUAUUUUUAUAGUUAAGUUCUUUAGUGGGCCAAAGAACUAGUUUGUAUCUGCUGUCAAACUAGCUUUGUCCUCGCCUUGUCCACCGUUUCGCGCAAUGUUACAAGUCACUAUUAUGUUCUGCUGUCAAAGAACUUGUUCUCAUUAAGUUCAUAGUAACAGUCAAUAGUUAACUACCGUCUUAACUCUCUAACAGCCAAUUGCUUCUAUUUAUUCGGUAUCAGUAAAUGGUUUCCUUUGAUGACCUAAAUGGGUAACAGUUGAUAGUCGCUAUCGACCUGAAUGGGUAACAGUCUAUGGUUAACUAGACUCCGCAAUGAUCACUAUUUUGAUCAUUUUUUGGUCAGUGAGUACGUAAGGCUCCAGUGGUCAGAAGAGUAGAGUUAGUAUAGGAAAUGUUAUCUUGGUACGGUAGUACUGACUUGGUAUAAAUCAAAGAAUUUUCUCUUUUAAUUUAAAAAAGGAGCCAAAAUCGUGUGAUGGGCUCCUGUUUACUAUUGCUGCUAAACAAUUCGACCAAGAUUAAUCAAAUACUAGAAAUACUCGUCAUAUUAAGAGACUCGUAUCUUGCUUCAGAUUAACUAACACUUUCUUGGAAAAAACCUAAAAAACCAGUCGAUGUUGUCUUAACGCUGCCCUCUCCGCUGAACUGCCAAAGCUUCGCGUCAAUUCUUUGCGUUCUAACUUUCAUUGUAAUUCUGUUACCCGCAAUUGAAAAAUUUAUCUGCUGUUGUUCCAUACAAUUACACAGCAAACGUGUGCUGCUUUCUUCUGCUUCUGGUAAUUGAUUAUAUUGACUUGUACCUGCCAAUCGAAGAUGCUAGAAGUUUUAUCAGCGAUUUAUGCAAAAUAGUUUGAGUGCCAGCAAAAGUUUGCUCGGUUGCUCGCCUAUGAUCUCCCUAGAGGUUGGGUCAUGCUUGCCUCCAGUCUCGCAAGUAGCGCGCUGUGUAUAGUAGAUUAGUUCAUUCCUACAGAGAUGUAACUCUUCUGUCGUAGUUGUUGAAUUUCAACGGGUCUGGUCUGCUUUCGAAAUGCGGUGUUUAGUUUCCCUACUGAUCGCGUUCCUCGAUCAUUUAUUUCCUCCCUGUUUAUUUGCACAACUUCCACUAUUGUAAUCUCCAAAAUGUAUUUUUUGCUUAUUGUUACCUUAGGAUACCUCCUCAUAGAAACACCGUUACCAAAUCACCUGUGUUCGGAGCAGUACGUUUUCCCGCCGUAAGUAAUUCAACUGAGUAGUCGAAUUAUCAUUCAACUCGGUAGUUGAAUUAUUAGUCCGAAUUCUUCGGUCGUUUCGAGAGGAUGAGGCACGACUGGAAGCCUGGCUUGUAGUCGAUUCCUGUGAAUAAUCUAGUGUUACAUAAUCUUUAUAAUCUAGUGUUAUAGGAAUAAAACCAAAAAAAGUUCAAACUAAUCCUUAGGUUCUUGAUAUAGAGCUUGUGUGUAACGAUAGAUAAAUAUUACUUCUUAUAGAUAUUUACUUCGCGCUUUCAAGAGAUUUGCUGAAGUGGACUGGAAGUAUUUGAACUUUGGUGUCCACAUUUCUUUGUGUGCGCUUAUCCCAAUGUAUCAACUCAAUUCCCAUGCUUGAUUACUUAAAGUUUAUUCUGGCAUAUCUUGAAGUAUUGUUUUUCAGUUACUGAUUACCCAUAAAUUUUCACCGUCUAUUUGGAUGCAACAACAUCAUCAGGAAAUUCUCCGAUCGCUUGUUGGUGCUACUGUAUUCAUACUUUUAUGCACUUUAUCCUUAUAUCUAAUUUCGAAUACACAACUUGUAACAUUGUAACUCAAAAUUUGACGGAGCUUAUAAUCGCCUAGUUUGCUCCUGACUUCAAUCAAAAACUCUUCGUGAGUUGAAAACGUGACUGUAGUUAUAAUUUAUCGAGCUUUGAUGGUCGCUACAUAGCCAAGCUUAAUUUAUUCGGAAGCGUUCAGUAUUUUAGACAUAUUCUUGAAAGCUUUACAUUGUAUCCUUAACAUCAUUGCUGUUAUAUUCGUGCAUAAACAUUGAUCGGAACUAAUGGACCGAUAAAAUUCGCGUUUGUAACCACAAAAGUAAUUCCUUAGUUUUGUAAUCGAAUGUUCUAUGAACAGUCCAAUGUUCUGUUCUGAUGUAAACGAUCGAUUUUCUUGUGAUCGUUACGAAUAAAAUGAUGCGAAUUACGGUUAGCGAAGCUGAGUCCUUCCUUGCUUCUAUUUUGCUUUACUACUUCUGAUUUUUUUUCUUGUGCAGCAAAUUUCAUUUAACUGCAGAUGAGCUUAUCAGUAAGUUACGUACAGCAAGUGUGAGGCACUUGCUUUCGAGAUGUUCUGCCGUCUUUCCUCGUCAUUAAAUGAGAAAAGUACAAAAAAAUUAUCUUUACUGAAGGUUCACACUGAUGUUGGUAGGUUAGAAGUUCGUUAGUUUGUAAGCACUCGGUACAUUUUGUCUAAACAUCUUCAUUAAUGAGCGUUGAUGUGUAGCUGUCGCUGUUGUUGGUGUGCGCUUAGUUUGCUGCGAAUGAAGUUCUAUUGAGGUAGGGAUUUUCUGCAGCGUUUUUCUUAGGCCUGAAUGUAUUAUUCUUCUGAAAACUGAUUAACCUCUCAGAGAUUGUGGCUGAUUAUGCGGAGACUUAUUUUAAUUUCGGCUUCUUACAGCCUUACUCGUGUUUUUCGAUGUGAAGUUUUCAAUGAUUGAAAACAAUUCGUUUCACGAAUUUCCAUCGUUUGCUGAACUUGGUACUGAUAAUAAUGCAGUAUUUUUUCACAUUUUAUUGCUGCUUGUAUUCCUGUUCCUUACUUUAUUGAUUUUAUUUAUUCUGAAAUAAUCGCAUUAUAACAAAUCACUUUCAUAAUGUGCGUACGUAGAGGCUAGACAUGGCAUACAUGUUGAAAGACUGUCCAUUAUGCGUUGGAUUUAGAAUUGAAUGUUGAUGGUUGGCUAGAUAUGGCAUAGUUAACCUAAGUGGUGGCGUUCGACCUCCUAGUCAAAGUCCUAGAAACGAAUCGUGUGAUCAAAUAACCGUGUCUCUAAUACCUCGAUGCCGCCAUCCGGUCUACAGGGAGGAAUCGUUGAUGCUAAGACACGCACGAGGUAAUUUGAUGGUACAUUUGAUCCGCGAAGGUAUGUUCCGUUGUGCUGAAUCGUUUCCUUGGACUCUGUAAAGUAAACAUAUGCCGCUGGUUUAUGUAAAAUAUUGUGUACCAUUUUGUAGAUAGCUGCUCUGUAGCUGAGAUCUGUAUAGCUGUUAGGCAUGGUUUGUCUCUCUAUCGUGAGAGGACAAGUGAAGCAAUAGUCGUCUCUACUUGUUGGCUUGUCGACCAUGUUACCUAUUUUGUCUUCGCAUUGGAGUUGAGGUGGCCCGAUCAAUCGAUCGGGCCGCCUUUUCACGUUUGAUUUCUGUGAUUUAAUGAAUUUGGAUCAAUCAUUCAUCCAAGAUUUGUUCUAACAGUUAUCGAAAAGGUACUAAUAAAUGAUCAUUCCUGAGGGCCUGAGAUCCGUGAACCGCAUUUGCAAUGAUCAGGAUGAGCGAGACGCGGCUGCUGAUGAACAACUGCUGUCACAUGCGUUUAUUUUUAUUCAUUUCCAACAACAACCUUAUAUUUAUUUUUGUGAUUGAUGUAAGCUUAUAUUAUUACGUUGAUUAUGAUUUCUCUAUAAAUUAUUUUAUUUGUUGCUAAUAUUAUUGUUGGAUGCGUGUAUGACAGUACAGUUGUUCCGAGCAUGGCUCAGUGGUUGGGUUAAAAACUCAACAUUUUAUGGCAUUCCUGAUAUUCCGUCACGGGAGAUACUGCCCGAGCCAACCAUGUCACGAUCGCCAGCCAAGAUCACUGUUUUUGCUACUUCAUUGCGGAUCUUUUAGGCUGAACUGAAGGUUUCUAGAUGCGUACCGAACCUGAAACCUAAAGUUGGCGGCAGCCGCUGGGUGACUGCCACACCUUAGUCUGCCUGUGCAACUGCUUUCGACAGAUUCCUAGAAACAAUAACACCUGGUGAUGGCGCUGAAUCAUUCAUGACUACGAUGAACUUUGUUCUUGGCCGCAAAGUGUGGAAACUUGACGUUGAGAACAUUGGUCAUCACGAUCAGGGUUCGUGUGGCGCAGCAUUUACUGAACAGCGCCCGCCAGUUGAGGCGCGUUGGUGCGCUUUGUCACGACAAAUUCACUUUGUUCAUUCAUCGUGUAACCGUCUGAAAAAAAAAUACAAAAAUAUUUUCUUACAA